CGGCGGCUGUCGCGGCGGCGGGGCGGUGCGGCCGGCGCGGACCGGGCGGGCGCUGCAGCGGCGCGUUCAGGCCGUUCUAGAAACACCCGGCGUCUCCCUUCUCGCAUUUCUCUCGGCCCUUGUCAGUUGGUUCGUGGCCUGAAGUGAGUGAGAGCUGCUUCGUGCAACCUCUCGUUUGAAAUGGGCUGUAGCUCCUUUAACGUGCAGUCCCCUGAGGGCGGUAGUCUGACUACUAGCCCCACCGAGGCCCGGAGAGCUUAAGGAACAUGCGCAACGAAGACGAGUGGAAGGCUCAGAGCAGGGUUUCCCUGUGGUCGGCGGAUGGCAAGAUAAACUCUCUAAGCCCCACACAGCGGCCGGCCUCCUCAAGAUGCGAAGAAAGUGAGGACCUCAGCGAUGCAUGGUCAUGGAGGCUAUGAUUCUGAUUUUAGUGAUGAUGAACAAGUUGGAGAAUCUAACAAAAGGAAAAAAAGGACAAUUGAAGAUGAUUUACUGCUCAAAAAGCCAUUUCAGAAAGAAAAACAUGGAAAGGUGGCCCAUAAACAAGUUGCAGCAGAAUUGCUGGAUAGGGAAGAAGCAAGAAAUAGAAGGUUUCAUCUCAUAGCUAUGGAUGCUUAUCAAAGGCAUACAAAGUUUGUAAAUGACUAUAUUUUAUACUAUGGUGGCAAAAAAGAAGACUUCAGGAGAUUGGGGGAAAAUGACAAGACAGAUAUGGAUGUUAUACGAGAAAAUCAUAGAUUCCUGUGGAAUGAGGAAGAUGAAAUGGACAUGAAUUGGGAGAAGAGACUUGCAAAGAAAUACUAUGAUAAAUUAUUCAAGGAAUAUUGCAUAGCAGAUCUCAGUAGAUACAAAGAAAAUAAGUUUGGAUUUAGGUGGCGAGUAGAAAAAGAAGUAAUUUCAGGAAAAGGCCAAUUUUUCUGUGGAAAUAAGUGCUGUGAUAAAAAAGAAGAUUUGAAGAGUUGGGAAGUUAAUUUUGGUUAUAUUGAGCAUGGUGAAAAGAGAAAUGCACUUGUUAAAUUAAGAUUAUGCAAAGAAUGUUCCUUUAAAUUAAAUUUUCAUCACAGGAGAAAAGAAGUCAAGUCAAAAAAAAGAAAGGACAAAACCAAAAAAGAUGAAGAGUCAUCACAUAAAAAAUCCAGAUUAUUUUCUGCAGAAGAGACCUCUAAGAAAAAGGAUAAAGGGCAUUCAUCCUCAAAGAAAUCAGAAAGUUGUGUAAACAGAAAUUCUGAUGAAGAAGGUACUUCAGAUUCUGAACUUUGGAAGGGCCCCCUACCAGAGACAGAUGAAAAAUCACAAGAAGAAGAAUUUGAUGACUAUUUUCAAGAUUUAUUUCUGUGAGAUGGAAGAGAGAAGCCCACAUUCCUUAAUGUGAAAGUACUCUUUGAAACUUUUUUUUUUUUUUGAAACUCUUCACAAAAAAUUUUCCUACAAGUUGCAGCUUGAGUGGUUUGUCUUCGGAAAUAAAAAUCCAACUACUUUCAAGAUGUCGGCUGCUUUGGAAGUCUUUCAGUUCUGUUGGAGACAUGUUUCCCAUCUCUUAUGUAUCUUUUCAAUUGCUUAUCCUACAACUGCUCCAUUUAUAGCUCGUAGAGGAUGAAGCUAGUACACUGUACAGGGAGUCCAUUGUUCCUGCAGUUUGUAGUUGUCUUUACUCAUUCUUAUUUAUCUUCCUUUGCCUAAAUUAGUUUAAAUUAUUAGAAUUAUUGGUGUCUUGCAAAAAUGAUAAAAUAGAGUAAGUAUGUCUUCAA